AUGUCGUCCCGCUUCUCGGCCGCAAGGCCAAAGCGAGAUGGGGAGAACUUCGCGCGGAUGCACCACAACAAAGACGAAUCCGACAGCAAGCGGGUCAAGUUCGACGUGCGAAAUCCGUCGACGCUGGCGCCGGAUGCCCGCGAGGAUGACGCGGUGCUGGAUGCGGAUGUCAUCGGCGGAACCGGUGCGACAAAGCGAGGUGCCGUGAACCUCGACGGCUAUGACAGCGAUUCCGACAACGAGACCUUCAACGCGAGAGCUGCGACCCGCAAGGCAGGCAACGUCGACUGGAACAAGCUUGACAACUACGAUGCCAAGGGCGGUGGUGCGGACGGCACAACAACUACGGCCAACGGCGGAGACGACGACGACGAUGACGAUAUGUUUGCCGCAGACGACAAGGAUGCAGGUGACGCUGCAGAACCGGAAUCUGCAGAUUUCGACAAAUCUGGCCGCAAGAAGAAGGAUAUCCGAUUUCUUGACGCGGCUAAUAUCCAAGGCCAAGAAGAGACAAGCAAAAGCGGAGGCCAUGUCAGGCUCGAUGACCAAGAGAGCAGCGACGACGAAGCCGACGUUGAGCUCGCCAUCCAGGAAGAAGGGCUGGACCAGGAAGUCGGCGCUGGCGGUUUGAAGCGAAAUGCGCCAAAAGUGGAAGCCUUCAACCUUAACGAGGAAAUGCAGGAGGGCCGCUUUGACACAGAGGGGAAUUACGUGCGCAAGGCCGGCGACCCGGACGCCCAGCACGACAACUGGCUCAACGGCCUAAGCAAGAAAGACAUGAAGAAGGCGGCAGAGGCUCACGAGCGGCGCGAGGCUGAAGCUCGGAAACAGCGCAUCCAGGAGGACGGCGUCCUGGUAUCGGACCUCCUCAAAACGCUGAUCCUGCAGCUGGAGAAGGCUGAGACGCCACUGGAGGCGCUGGCCAGGCUUGGAAAGAACCAGGUCAAGCCGACAAAGAAGAUUCCCAAAUGGAAGCUCAAGAAGAUGAACAAGGGCGCGGACGGCAUGGACGUCGACCCCGACGCCACUGAGGAUCCAGAGCAGGCCAGACUCAAGCAAUCCAUCGACGCCAUCACCGACGCAGCUGACAAAUUGCUCAGCCGCGAUUAUGAGGACGUUUACGACCAAGAAAGAGAGAUGCUAGUCCGGGAGUAUCGGCGCGAAACCGGUGAGGAUUGGGUCGAGCCUGAGCCUCGAGGCAACACGAAGGUCGGUGACGCCGAAGCGUCGGGUGACGAGACCAAGUGGGAGUUUCGAUGGACUGACGGUCGCGACGGCGGAGAUACGCAGGGCCCAUUCGACACUGCCAUGAUGAAGGCGUGGCAGGAUGCCGGCUAUUUCGGUGAAGGAGUCGAGUUCCGCCGUGUCGGCGACGGUGGCGACUGGAGCCAGACGGCCACCUUUACAUGA